GGGAUUAAAACCGAUCGAAGAUCUGCUAUUUAAUAGGCCAUGCAAUAUCGAAAUUGUCAGUCAAUAACCGACCGAUUUUUCCGUUCGACUUGCACAACAUUUCUAGCAGGCUUUUCAAAUGCAAGCGACGAAUUUUUUAGCGGCGUCGGUUCUCCUCUGCAUAGGCGUCGGCGCCGUCGCGGCGACUGCGGGUUUCACCAAAGAAGAUGAAAUCUACCUUGAGGGCGUCUUCAAGGAUAUACCAAUGGAAGAUAGAAAAUACGUGUUGCUUCAUCAAUUGUAUUUAGGUUACAUCGAUCAGAAUCCACAACUUACUCCUAAAAGCUACGAUAUCAAUCCCUCUGAUACCAAGAAAAUUUUCAAUCUAUUCGUUACUAAGAAGAAACUCGACGUGAACGUGACGAAAUUGAUGCAAAAAAUAUGCCUGCCUACUGGAAUUUGUAUCGAUACAAAUGAUCCUGGAGUCUAUCCUUAGAAUUUAAAGGAUUUUUUUAAUCACUAUGUAUAAUAGAAUUAAUUUAUAACUCUUUUUCGGUGGAUUUAAUUUUUUAGUAAAUAAUGUAGUUUUUACAAUUAUAGUUAUCAAAGA